UGGACUGGACUGGUUUCCUCCAUUCUCCAACCUCCUUGUGAAUCGGACUAGCAGUUACAGAAAAGGAAACUCUUUAUUUUAGUCUUUUUUUUAGUAACAAAACGAGAAGAUCGUUAUGUGUAUUACACCAAAAGAGAAGAAAAAAAGAUCAUUCAGAGAUGGAUGUGUUCUUCGAAAUCCCCAAAGGCAAGAGGUUCACCAUUGAAGUGGGCUAUUUCGAUACAGUAUUAGAGAUGAAAGAAAAGAUUCAGAAAUACGAAGGCUUCCCCAUCUCUCGACAAAUCUUAGUUUUUAAUGGUCAAGUCAUGGCGGACGAGCUUGAUACUGAGUUCUAUGAGGUCUUAAAUCGCUCUCGAAUCCAACUCAUUCUGGAACCUGAACCUCCGACUGCUAAUAAACAACCACCACCACCAGCCACGGUGGUGAAGCUGGAAGAAUCAUCAUCCACCUCAUCUUCUCCACCAAGAAAACUUCAAAUCCUCGUAAAAAGUGGUAAGAAACAGUUUCCCCUUUCCAUGGAUCCAACAGAGACAGUUUUAAGAUUGAGGGAGAAGAUCCAUGAGGCUGAAGGUCUCCCUCUCAAUCGAUUCAAUCUAUCCUUCAUGGGUGUUGAUUUGAUGGAAGAUCGAUCUCUUAGGGAUUACGCCAUAACUGACCACGCCGAGAUCAAUGUCGUCAAGCCUCUAUCUCUUGUUGUUACGACGACAUCUGCUUCUAAUGCGGCGAUAGCAUCACCACCGUCGGCAGGAGCCGCCGCCGCCGCUGCAAGUUCUAAGAAACUGAAAUUAAUGGUGUUGCCGAAAGGAGGAACAAAAAUUCCAGUGGAGGUGAAUGCAUCUGAUAAUGUGGGGGAAUUGAAGAAGGAACUGCAGAAGUUGCACAAACAGCAUAGUCAUCCAAAUCUUCCAACAGAAAGUUAUUUCUUUAUUUACAAACAGAAUGUGAUGGAUGAGGAUCGAUCCUUCCGAUGGCAUGAAGUGCGACAAGGUGAUACCAUUGAGAUCUUCAUUGGAAGUGUAACAGGAGGUGGAACAUGACAUGUUUUUUUCUCUCUUUCAUUGUUUUUUCCUUGGAGGUAGGAUUCUAGGACGAGAAUGAUUCUGGUAUGAGAACUUGAUUUGAUUUGCUCUCAGACUCUAUCUAC